AUGGAAUUGAAGUCCAAUCAAGGCAGAACCUCAACCUCUCUGGAUGCUGUGGAUGGAAUGGGACUCAAAUCAAGGCAGAACUUCAACAAAGAACACUUCAACCUCUCUGGAUGCUGUGGAUGGACUGGGACUCUGUGGAUAGAAUGGGACUCUGUGGAAAGAAAGGAACUCCAACAAAGAACACUUCAACCUCUCUGGAUGCUGUGGAUGGGCUGGGACUCCAAUCAAGGCAGAACUUCAACCUCUCUGGAUGCUGUGGAUGGAAUGGAACUCUGUGGAAAGAAAGGAACUCCAACAAAGAACACUUCAACCUCUCUGGAUGCUGUGGAUGGAAUUGGAGUCCAAUCAAGGCAGAACCUCAACCUCUCUGGAUGCUGUGGAUGGAAUGGGACUCAAAUCAAGGCAGAACUUCAACAAAGGUAUGUUUUUAUUAUUUUUUUUUCUUAUUUAUUAUCAUUUUUAGAACACUUCAACCUCUCUGGAUGCUGUGGAUGGGCUGGGACUCCAAUCAAGGCAGAACUUCAACCUCUCUGGAUGCUGUGGAUGGAAUGGAACUCUGUGGAAAGAAAGGAACUCCAACAAAGAACACUUCAACCUCUCUGGAUGCUGUGGAUGGAAUUGGAGUCCAAUCAAGGCAGAACUUCAACCUCGCUGGAUGCUGUGGAUGGAAUGGGACUCUGUGGAAAGAAAGGAACUGCAACAAAGAACACUUCAACCUCUCUGGAUGCUGUGGAUGGAAUGGGACUCUGUGGAAAGAAAGGAACUCCAACAAAGAACACUUCAACCUCUCUGGAUGCUGUGGAUGGAAUUGGAGUCCAAUCAAGGCAGAACCUCAACCUCUCUGGAUGCUGUGGAUGGAAUGGGACUCAAAUCAAGGCAGAACUUCAACAAAGAACACUUCAACCUCUCUGGAUGCUGUGGAUGGGCUGGGACUCUAAUCAAGGCAGAACUUCAACCUCUCUGGAUGCUGUGGAUGGACUGGGACUCUGUGGAUGGAAUGGGACUCUAACACUUCAACCUCUCUGGAUGCUGUGGAUGGGCUGGGACUCCAAUCAAGGCAGAACCUCAACCUCUCUGGAUUGCUGUGGAUGGGCUGGGACUCCAAUCAAGGCAGAACUUCAACCUCUCUGGAUGCUGUGGAUGGAAUGGGACUCUGUGGAAAGAAAGGAACUCCAACAAAGAACACUUCAACCUCUCUGGAUGCUGUGGAUGGACUGGGACUCUGUGGAUGGAAUGGGACUCUGUGGAAAGAAAGGAACUCCAACAAAGAACACUUCAACCUCUCUGGAUGCUGUGGAUGGAAUUGGAGUCCAAUCAAGGCAGAACCUCAACCUCUCUGGAUGCUGUGGAUGGAAUGGGACUCAAAUCAAGGCAGAACUUCAACAAAGAACACUUCAACCUCUCUGGAUGCUGUGGAUGGACUGGGACUCUGCAGAACUUCAACCUCUCUGGAUGCUGUGGAUGGAAUGGAACUCUGUGGAAAGAAAGGAACUCCAACAAAGAACACUUCAACCUCUCUGGAUGCUGUGGAUGGAAUUGGAGUCCAAUCAAGGCAGAACCUCAACCUCUCUGGAUGCUGUGGAUGGAAUGGGACUCAAAUCAAGGCAGAACUUCAACAAAGAACACUUCAACCUCUCUGGAUGCUGUGGAUGGGCUGGGACUCUAAUCAAGGCAGAACUUCAACCUCUCUGGAUGCUGUGGAUGGACUGGGACUCUGUGGAUGGAAUGGAACUCUGUGGAAAGAAAGGAACUCCAACAAAGAACACUUCAACCUCUCUGGAUGCUGUGGAUGGAAUUGGAGUCCAAUCAAGGCAGAACCUCAACCUCUCUGGAUGCUGUGGAUGGAAUGGGACUCAAAUCAAGGCAGAACUUCAACAAAGAACACUUCAACCUCUCUGGAUGCUGUGGAUGGAAUGGGACUCUGUGGAAAGAAAGGAACUCCAACAAAGAACACUUCAACCUCUCUGGAUGCUGUGGAUGGAAUUGGAGUCCAAUCAAGGCAGAACCUCAACCUCUCUGGAUGCUGUGGAUGGAAUGGGACUCAAAUCAAGGCAGAACUUCAACAAAGAACACUUCAACCUCUCUGGAUGCUGUGGAUGGGCUGGGACUCUAAUCAAGGCAGAACUUCAACCUCUCUGGAUGCUGUGGAUGGACUGGGACUCUGUGGAUGGAAUGGGACUCUGUGGAAAGAAAGGAACUCCAACAAAGAACACUUCAACCUCUCUGGAUGCUGUGGAUGGAAUUGGAGUCCAAUCAAGGCAGAACCUCAACCUCUCUGGAUGCUGUGGAUGGAAUGGGACUCAAAUCAAGGCAGAACUUCAACAAAGAACACUUCAACCUCUCUGGAUGCUGUGGAUGGACUGGGACUCUGUGGAUAGAAUGGGACUCUGUGGAAAGAAAGGAACUCCAACAAAGAACACUUCAACCUCUCUGGAUGCUGUGGAUGGAAUGGAACUCAAAUCAAGGCAGAACGUCAACCUCUCUGGAUGCUGUGGAUGGAAUGGGACUCUGUGGAAAGAAAGGAACUCCAACAAAGAACACUUCAACCUCUCUGGAUGCUGUGGAUGGACUGGGACUCCAAUCAAGGCAGAACUUCAACCUCGCUGGAUGCUGUGGAUGGAAUGGGACUCUGUGGAUGGAAUGGGACUGCAACAAAGAAAACUCCUAUCAGAACUUCCUUCAACCUCUUUGGAUGCUGUGGAAAGAAUCGGACUCCAAUCAAGGCAGAACUUCAACCUCUCUGGAUGCUGUGGAAAGAAAGGAACUUCAACAAAGAAAACUCCAAUCAAGGCAGAAUUUCAACCUCUCCGGAUGCUGUGGAAAGAAUGGAACUCCAAUCAAGCAGAACUUCAACCUCUCUGGAUGCUGUGGAAGGAAUGGGACUCCAAUCAAGGCAGAACUUCAACCUCUCUGGAUGCUGUGGAAGGACUGGGACUCCAAUCAAGGCAAAACUUCAACCUCUCUGGAUGCUGUGGAAAAGAAUGGGAUUUCAACAAAAAACUUCCUUCAACCUCUCUGGAUGCUGUGGAAAGAAAAGGACUUCAACAAAGAAAAAUUCAAUUCAAUCAGAAAUUUCUUCCUACUUCUCUGGUUAUCUUGAAUAAGAAUGUUCCUUCUACUAAAGUCUUAUUUUAUUUUAAUGUGGUCUUUAUUGCAAUUAAAAAAUUUUAUGAUUGCAAAAUUAAUGAUUUUCUAUAUUUUUACUGA